UCCUAAUUUAGUUCUGAGUCUUCUGACCAAUGACUAGAAAAUGUGUGGAAAAACUUGGGACACAAGAAUAUUCUGCGAAUAGGGUUGCUCAAAAACCUUGGCGUGUUCUUAUGCUGGCCAUUCCUCAGAUUCUGGCUGAAGCUUUUUUCUUCUGGGGAUUUUCUUCCCAUUUGUCUAGUGGUCUCAAAAGAAGCGUGAAAGCUUUUGUAGCACUGGUUUACUCAAUAAUGGAUCAAAAACUUCAGUUAUUUUUGCUUCUAGUCUUCUCCAAAACUUUCUUUAUCACAGCAGAAAACAGUGACUUUCUUGGCUUAAAGUCACUUGAGUGGAAGAACACACCUCCUAAUUGGAAGGGUUCAGAUCCUUGUGGUAGUGAAUGGGAAGGCAUUGACUGCACAAACUCGCGUGUUACUUCCAUAACAUUAUCAAGCCUGGGGUUGGAAGGUCAGUUGUCCGGAGAGAUCGAUCAGUUAUCUGAACUAGAGGCUUUGGAUCUAUCUUACAACAAGAAACUGACAGGAUUACUCCCAGAAUCAAUUGGGAAUUUGAAGAAACUUUCAAAUUUAAUCUUGGUUGGUUGCGGCUUCUAUGGCCAAAUUCCUGGCACAAUAGGAUCUCUACAGGAGCUCGUCUUUCUGUCCCUAAAUUCCAAUCGCUUCACUGGUCUGAUUCCACCUGCCAUUGGUAAUCUAUCCAAACUGUACUGGCUAGAUCUCGCAGAUAAUAACAUCGAGGGAAUGAUCCCAAUCUCUGAUGGGAAGACACUUGGUCUUGACAUGCUACAUCAUUGCAAGCACUUCCAUCUUGGAAAGAAUAAGCUCACGGGAACUAUUCCGGAGGAGCUUUUCAGCUCAAGCAUGAACUUGAUACAUGUGCUUUUCGACAAUAACGAUCUAACUGGCAGCAUUCCUUCCACUCUUGGACUUGUUCAGACUUUACAAGUGGUGCGUCUUGAUGGGAACAGAUUAAGCGGGGAUGUACCUUCAAACCUCACCAGUCUUACAAAAGUUACUGAGCUGUUCUUGUCCAACAACAAGCUGAGUGGCCCUCUGCCUAACCUCAGCAGCUUAAAUUCCUUAAGUUACCUAGAUAUGAGCAAUAAUACUUUUGAAGAUUCAGAUUUUCCUUCAUGGAUUUCAACCUUAGAGUCUUUGACAACAUUAGUGAUGGGGGACACAAACUUGAAAGGACAAAUUCCAGUUGACCUAUUCAGCCUUCCCAAUCUAGAGACCGUGGUACUAAAGAAGAACAGGCUCAACGGCACUUUGGAAAUUGGCACUUCCUAUAGCAACCGUCUCCGGCUCAUCGAUCUGCAGAGCAAUUUAAUUACUGAGUUUCCUGAUGAUAAAGUGCAUCAUGUUCAGAUAAUACUUGUGGAUAACCCAGUUUGUCUGGAAACAGGAACAACAGCAAGUUACUGCAUAAUCCCAGUUUCCAAAUCUCAUAAUACUAGCUCAAAUGUCACAGAAAAGAACUACUGCUCACCCAAUCUUUGCAGUUCAGAUCAGAAAUUCAGCCCCAACUGCAAAUGUGCUUAUCCAUACACAGGAACUCUAUACUUCCGAGCUCCGUCCUUCUCAGACUUGGAUAACACAACUUACUACAAACUACUUGAGCAGUCCCUAAUGUCCUUCUUUCAAAUGCAUUUAACUGCUGUGGAUUCUGUCUCUUUGAGUAACCCCGACAAAGGUUCCUUUGAGUAUCUUCAUAUAACACUAGAGGUAUUCCCAAGUGGUCGUGAUCAUUUCAAUAGAACUGAAAUUUCACAUAUAGGUUUCGCUCUUAGCAACCAAACUUACAAGCCCCCGAAGUCUUUUGGACCCUACUAUUUUAUUGGUGAUCAAUAUGAAAGCUAUUCAGGUACAGAAGUUCCUUCCAAAUCGAACAAGUCGUCCAAGUUAAGUACCAGCAUCAUCAUUGGAGCAGUUGCUGGUGGUUCUGCCCUUGUGCUUUUAUUACUUCUUGCGGGAGUGUACAGUUUCCGCCAGAGGAGGAGAGCAGAAAGAGCAACUGAGAAGAGCAAUCCUUUUGUGCACUGGGAUUCAAAUGCCACAAGUGGGGGCGUGCCUCAGUUAAAGGGGGCAAGAUGGUUCUCCUUUGAAGAGAUUGAGAAAUGCACCAACAAUUUCUCAGCAGCAAAUGCCAUUGGCUCUGGGGGUUAUGGAAAAGUUUAUCGUGGAACUCUGGCCACCGGUGAAGUGAUUGCCGUCAAAAGACUUCAAAGUGAAUCAAAGCAAGGCAAGAACGAGUUCAAAACCGAGAUUGAACUCCUUUCGCGGGUUCAUCACAAGAAUCUUGUCACCCUUGUUGGAUUUUGUUUUGAGAAAGGUGAACAAAUGUUGAUCUACGAGUAUGCACCAAACGGCAGUUUAAAAGAUAGUCUUACAGAAAAGUCAGGAAUUAGGUUGGACUGGAUGAGAAGACUUAGAGUAGCUCUUGGUACUGCUAGAGGCCUGGCAUAUCUUCACGAGCUUGCGGAUCCUCCAAUAAUACACAGGGACAUUAAGUCAACCAAUGUACUUUUGGAUGAUCGCUUAAACGCAAAAGUUGCCGAUUUUGGUCUCUCCAAACUUAUGGGAGAUGGUGAAAAGGACCAUGUCAGCACUCAAGUCAAAGGGACAAUGGGCUACUUGGAUCCCGAAUAUUACAUGACACAACACCUGAAUGAGAAGAGCGAUGUUUAUAGCUUCGGAGUGCUGAUGUUGGAGCUUAUUACCGCGAGGAAGCCUAUAGAGCAAGGAAAGUACAUUGUGAGAGAAGUAAGGAUGACAAUGGACAAAACUAAAGAUUUGUACAACCUCGACACAUUUCUAGACCCAGCCAUCGGUUUGGGUACAAGAUUGAUCGGUUUUGAAAGAUUUGUGGACUUGGCAAUGAGAUGUGUUGAAGAUGCAAGAGUGGACAGGCCUUCAAUGAGUGAGGUGGUGAAAGAGAUUGAGGCCAUUAUGCAGCAUGCUGGUUUGAACCCGAAUGCGGAUUCAGCAUCCAUUUCUGCAAGCUAUGAGGAGGCAAAUAAACAAGCCCCAAACCAUCCUUAUAGUCAAGAUUCAUUUGAUCAUAGUGGAUCCUUUCCGCAAUGAAAGAUAGAGCCUCAGUAAACUUGUUUUGAACUUGAAUUAUGCAAGUUGGUUGCAGUAAGCAGGAUCUAUCUAUACUGUUUCUGUAUGUAGCAGUUAUUUGUAAGGAAAAUUGUUGUCACAUUUAGAGAGGGGUUUUCGGCGCGGAUCUAAAUAUGUUGUCCAAUAUUCACUGUUCUAAUUGGUGUCUAACUAAUUAAAUCAUACCACAUCGUUUCAUGAUAAGCACCAAAGAAUUAGUUAAAAAGCAAUUCAAAUUUUUACAUGACGUGGUAUGAUUUGAUUGGUUAGACAGUAAUUAAAACACCAAAAUUAGAUAGGAGAUUUGAGUCCUUUCGGCGCUGUUACUUGCAAAAACCAAUAGCGCGGAAAGUACAUCCAUAAAAAUAUUACAUACAU